AUGUCUGCCGCACGCCUCAACAACGGCACGAGGUCUCGUUUCGAGCUGCCCGCCUUGAACCUCGACCUGGGCAGCAUCACCGACGGCACCGACAUCCCGCCGCCCCCCAAGUCUCCCGUGGAGCAGCCCAAGCCUCCCGCGGAGCAGUCCAAGCCUCCCGCGGAGCAGCCCAAGCCAGCUCCGACCGAGAAGAGCGCCGACGGCGCGCCGCAGAAGCAGUCGUCUUCCAAGGAGUCUACACCCGAGGCCGGCGAGACGAAAGUCAGCGCUGCUACGACAAAGUCAGCAGACAGCGGGCGAAAUGGUAAUCUUGCAGCAGGAACUAAGCGUCCCGCAGAUGACGUGCCCCCGAGCCCGACCGUCUCGCAGUCGAAUCGGCAGGGCAGCAUCCGCCGUCUCUUGAGUAGAACAACGUUGAGUAACAAUUAUACAGAGGCAUCCCUGUCCACCAGCAACGGAUCCGCCGCCGCCGCCGCCGCCGCCCUCGCCGCCAAUGGGAGCAACAGGCCCUCGAGCCGCAGCGGCGCCUCAUCGGUGGACGAGCGCAAGUCGAAGCGCAGCAGCGGUUGGUUCCGCCGGUUAAGGGGUGGCGACACUGGCAGCGACAGCGCCAGCACCAAGGCCAGCAAGCGGUCCAGCCUCAUGUUCGAGCACAAGCAGGUAUCGAGCGCGACCGUCAACAAGCCGGCGGGCCCACCCCCGCCCAUGAUUCCCGAGCUGAAAGAGCUCGAAAAGGACGAGGGCAGCCUGGGUGGUGACUUGUUUAGAAAUAUCAAGUAA